GUCAACAUAAAAAAGCGGAUGAUGCUGUUAUGUAAAAACACGCACAAGUGAGCCGUACUUUUUUCGCUUUUUUUUUUCCUGCACGCUGGAGACGACACACAGCGAUUGCUUGACUCCAAGCCCCACGCACGCUGCGUCCGCCUUGUGUGUGCGCCAUCCACUCGGAUUAGCAGUCGGAAGUGCAACCAGCGGAGCUUCGGCAGUUUGGAGUGUCUUUUUUUUUUUUUUGAAAGGAGCUUCAAGUGAUCAUGAGCGACCGUGCACGGGAAGCGUACACCUGACACGUCCCUCUCCUUGCAACUACUGGAAUUGACUUUUCUUUCCACGAAAGGAGAGCGUUUGCAUCAGAGAGACGAUCCACGAUGAUCAGGCCGCUCUGAGCUCCAGCCGGCGUCUUCGAAUCCCGUUGAUGAAGACGAGGGACGGACUUUGCGCUCCAGGUAGAGAACAUGGUGAAAGCUCAGCGACACCAGCCAGCGAAAGAUGGCAAGCGAGGCGGAGAAAAGGGAGGCGGGAUGAGGAAAGGCAAAGAUAGAACAAAGGAAGUGAGGAGAAAGAAGCAGAAGAAGAAAGAGUCGCCCACGUUUCGGAAGAAGACAUUGGCGGGGAAAGUUGGAGAUGCGUUGGACUGUUGUGUUCUGCUCACCCGGUUGGAGGAGAAAGCAACUGCAGGGAAGCAGAAGGAUGGACAGAAACCCAGCGUCAAGGCCAAGAAGAAACUGACCAAAACUCAUCAAAAGUUCAAAAAAUCUGCUUAUCAACAAGCACUGGAAGCAAAAAGUAGCAAAUCCGACACCAUGCUGACGUGGCCCCCGCUUGUUCCCGAGCCUCGCAGGAGAAGAAUGGCUUCCCUCAACGCAGAGGCCGUCAACAGCCUGCUGCUCUACAGGGCCGACCCCUUGGCAUCCAGUCUCAUUAAGAAAGAGUCCAACGAAGCGCCGUCGAAAGGUGAAAGCAGACCUCAUAAAGCCAAAAAGGUUCUUCGGGGAGGAAAAGCAGACGUGAAGGAAAGUCGUAAAAAACAAAAGGCCGAGGCGCCGCCGGUGGACUGGUUGGCUUUGUUUGCCCCGACCCCUCGCCGUCAAGCGGGCCUCACCGCCGCCACGCUGCUCAAACUCACCGGUUCGCUCUACGGGAGCAAGCGGCAAAAGAAGCAGGAGUCCAAGCCCGCUAGUGAAAGUAAAGCCGAGGCUUUAACUCAGGUUGAGAUUAGUGGUAAGCCUUUAAGUGGAGCAACACCGCAGACCAAAAGAAGAACAAAUCCAAAACACAAUGAGCAGCUAAAGCACAUUAAACAGGGUAAAGAGGAUCCGGGUUUCUGUAGUCUUUGCAAGACGGAGGCUUUGGAUCCCGAGUGGAAGUCCGGUGGACAGGAUUGUUUAAAAACUCCUCUUCACUGCGGCUCGGCUCUGGGGUUCUCCUUAAAAACAAUCAAAGAGGAGCAGGGGGAGACGGACGUGUCGCCCUGCUACUGCUGCAGCCGGGAGAGAUGCGUGGAAUAUUGUCACAGACUGGCCCUCUUCCUCAAGAACAAGGCGGUCAAGGAGCCCGAUGACGAAGGCUCGCUCUCCGAGGUGUUCCACCACCACCACCUCCACCACCACCAUCACCACCUCCACCACCCGGCAGCCAUAACCAUCACGCCGCACGCGUACGUAUGCUUCCCGAGCUACUGCGUCCACUUCAGCCACCCGGACAGCUCGCCGUCCACCAUGACGCCCCUCGCUCUGUGUCCAAAGAGCAGCAAGAGACCCAAACUGCUGCCCAGCUCUGGUCCGCAGCCCUCAGGGAUUUCUCAUCCGGUCUACUGCUGCACCUCCGUGGAAGCGUGCUACGGAGAGCCCUGCAGGAUCAACGGCUAUUCCACCUACAGCAGCGUGAUUCCGGCAAUUCCUCGAGGAGGUUGCGCCAAAUGCGGCCGUGGCAUCAACAGAGACGACUACUCAUCAAGCCUCAACGACCACCGCAGCCCGUCCUCCAUCUCCAUCUGUCCCAGUCCGAGAAUCCUCACCGGCUGCCCCAUUCCCGCAGUGCCUCCAGCCGGCCAAUCAGUGCCCCCCGUUCAGACGCCUCUGUCCGACCCCAGCCAACCGCAGCCUCCGCUGCAAGUGGCCAAGGAGUGUCCGCAGAGCGCCAAGCCUCCCAGCGGGUCCCGGUCUGGCGCCCGCGACACGGGCAGCAUCAGCUCGCUUGUGUUCCCGCUCAAAAAGGAAAAAAAGCAGAAGCUGGGCUCCGGCGGCGCCAGAGGACAAGCGCUUGCCAAGCAGCCCAAGAACGGACGCCAAAAAAGCACCAACGGCUGGCGGCCCGUCGGCCCCCCCUUUGAAAAAGACGUUUUCUCUGUGGGAGAGGAAGCUCUGGCGCCGAAGAAGUGUUACCAAGGAGUCGAACGGGACGGCGAGCUGAUCCAGGUCAGGGACACGGUCCUGCUGAAGUCCGGGCCCAGGAAAAAGUCUCUGCCUUAUGUGGCAAAGAUCUCAGCGCUGUGGGAGGAGCCUGAGACAGGAGAGUUGAUGAUGAGUUUGUUUUGGUACUACCGUCCAGAACACACACAAGGAGGACGCAGCCUUAAUGUGCAUUGUCAGAAUGAGAUCUUUGCGUCCCGUCACCAAGAUGUGAACAGCGUGGCCUGUAUUGAAGACAAAUGCUAUGUCCUGACACUGGCACAGUAUUGUCGAUUUUGUGCCUUGGUAAAACGGCGAGGGGAGGGCGUACCCGACAGCGCCGCGUCCCACCUGGUCCCCCCCGCCGUGGGCCACGCCGCUCCCAGCCACCGCUGCGUGCCGGAUGACGUGGACCCAGAGCUGGUGUUUUUCUGUCGCCACGUCUACGAUUUCCGCUACGGACGCCUCCUCAAGAACCUGCAGUAGCUCCACGCCGAACACAGAGACGUGAAGAUAAGGUGGAUUGAUCCGCCUCCGCUUAAAUGAGCUCCGCUGCCUGCGAAAGUGAGGGCCUGGAGGUUUGAAGAUGAAGGAACGUGAGAUUAGUUUCUCUUUGAAAUUUCACACUGACACGACACACACUUGUGAAGUCAACGUUGAGGUCUGACGCGUUGCAUCGGCGCGAUAAUGGCCGUCCAAAUGGUUUUAAUCACGCGCGGCUUCUCGUUUUGAGUGCGCUCUGUGCGGAACGUUUCUCCUGCAGGUCUUAGAAAUGUGCCAUUUGAUGGAUUUGAAGGAGCUUAUACGUGACUCACGGAAAAGUAUCUGCCUAUCACUCUUACACAGACGCAACAUAAGAGGCCUUUCCUUUCCUCAUUGCUCUUUAAAAGAGAUUCCUUACUGUGAAUGUAGGACUUAACCAUCAUGCCAUCAUGCAAAGAUCACACUUAAAGAUGGAGAGAGAGAAAGGAUCGCCGCCACUCGUAUAUGUGAUUAUUUAUGAUAAGUUAGAAUUUUAUAAAUGGCAUCUUCAUUGGCUGUUAGCUACAUGAUGUCACAAAUCCUAAUUUUAAAAAAAAUUGAAUGGAAAAAAAAAAAAAAAAAAUCUAACAAAAUUUGUAAAUGAUUUUAUUCAAAAUGCGACAGGGUCAUCGUAGCACGUACACCAAAUGCUAACUUAUGUUAGCAUAGACGUAAAUUAGGAGCGAGAAAAAAAUAUUUCACCCAAAUUUGUCUGAAAGUGGACCUAAUAAUAACUUAGCUUAACAUCUGAAACUAACUUGGUUAGUUGUAAUGAACAGCUAUUAAACGAAUGUAAACGUCAACAAAUAUAAAUGAAUUGAAAACUUUAUUAGUCGCUCGUCUACGCAGCAUUGACAGGAUAGAAAGAAUCACAUGACCGUAUAUUGGAGAAACUCAAGAGUUAUCACGGCAAAGCAACAACAAGCUAACGGCUCAAUAACCACUCAACAAAAGUCCCUUCAAAGAAGCCAUCGAUCAUGAUAUUGAUCAAGUAUUUUAAUGUGCAGGUAGUUGCAAAAAGUAUUCAUAUUUAAAAAUAAAAACAAGCUUUCAUGUCACAUUUUUAAAUGACCUCAGAGGAGAUUUUCCACUUUGUGACGCACAUGUGCACUCAAAAAAAAAAAAAAAAAAAAAAAAAAAUCCUAAAUUGAGAAAAAGCAAAGUGCAGACGCCGUCAGACUUAAUACUAUUACUAUAUUCUUAUUCUCCACGCGCUGACACAUGUAUUCGGUAGAUUUUAGAUGACGUGAUCAAUGAUUUAUUCCUCUACGUUCGCGAGAAGAUAGACUAUUUAUUUAUUAGAGAGAGAAUAAAAGUCUAAUUUAUUUUCUAGAGGUCAUUUUAAAAGAAGGCUUUUUAGAGGUGAGGAAAUUACAAGUUGCCUCCCCAUUUAGCUGCACUCUCCUUUUUGCAAUAUGUACACUACUCACAAAAAAAAAUGUUUGGUGUACAGUAUUCAGCUUUGGGGUGACAUUUUAGCGAGACCGGAAUGGUUUUAAACUGUAGAGCGCAUUUUAGGGUCAUCUUUUAGUUUCACCCGAAAGCCGAAUAUUCCAAAUUUUUUGGGAGUAGUGUGUAUACUGUGAGGGCUUGUUUGACGAUCAGAGCCAUUGAAGUACAUCUUCCAAAGUAGUUUACCCUUCUUCUUAGUCCUCGCAGAGAGAAAAAAAAUAAAGCUUUCGCCUCCUGUUAGGUUUGAACUUAAUGCUUGUGGCUCGAUGGAAGGUUUUUGCUGAUCUAAUUUUUCUAAAAAUCUUGCUACAUACCAGUGAGCACAAAUUAAAACCUAUAUGGCUGUCAAGCAAAUAUUGUCAGAUUUUGUGAUUUUUUUUUUAUUUAUUUUUUUCUUACCAGUGUUCUUUGGUUGAAUUAUUGAAUUAUUAUUUAAAAGAAACAAAAAUUAUUUUAAUUGGACUGAUAUGAAACAGACUUUUUUUUAAUCUGUUUUUACAAAAAGUUAAUAGGGACGUGCAAAAAAUCUAUACACACACAAAUUUGACAUCUUUGAAUUGGAAAUAAUUUCUCAGUAAUGUUUUUAAUAAUCAAACUGUUGCAUAAAAUACUUUGCCCAAACCACUUUGAUUUAUUUUUUUUCCAAAAAAAAAUAUUUAUAAUGCAAAUGUAAUAUACUCGUUUUAGACAAGGAUGCAAAAUUUGACCAUUUAUUUUAGUGGAGCAGUUGGCUUGCACAAAAGCUUGUUUCGAUGUUUGUCGUUGAGGAAAGUGGCACAUAUUUUUGGAUAUAAUACAGCGCUUAACUUUUUGUAUGAUUUCCCACUGAAUUCCAGUGAGAACAUUCAGUCGGUGUGAGUUGCGUUGGGUGGAUGAAGUACGACCGCUUUGCUAAAGCGUUAAUCAAUUGAUGAAAAAAAAUCCCACUGGGUGUUCUUACAGUACAGUAGAGUGCAGUAUACAUGCAGUAUGGCCUUAGAAGUCGCUCAGCUCUCCUGAUGAAUCAACGUGUGAUACUUAGAUGUCUUAAUUGGUCCUCUGUGCCUGUUCCUGUAAACCCAUAUUUAAUAAUAUAUAUAUAUAUAAAUAUAUAUUCCAAGUGUUUUUCCAAGAACAGAAAUGUGAGCAGUUAGUGUUUAUUUUUGAUGUAACUUCCAAAUGCCUUUUCUGUCAUUUAAGUCAGAAGACACUGGUCUCAUGUUGAAUUGCACCAAAAAAAAAAAAAGAGAGAGACAAAAGGGGAAAGUAUAGAAAUAUGAAUUUAUGAAUAUCAUUCCUCUGGGUGUAGAAGAACGUUGAAAAUCAAAUAGCGACAUUGUUUCUAGUGUGAGCUGUUAGUUUGUAUUCUCUUGCAUGGCAUUUUGGAAGUAUCUUGGAAAUAUUAAUCACAGCACAGUUUAUUUGAAUUGAACAAAAUGGACCGCUGUAAUAUAAGACAAAUAUUUAAUUGUAAUAAAUAAUAUAUGAGUUCAA